AUGUCUGGUGAGGAACCCACUAAAUUGCAGCGAACAGAGUCUGGUGCGAGGGUGAUCAAAACCAAAGAAUUUCUUCGUACCAGCGUCGCCGAGGGCCCUUUCUGUCUCCUCGACAGUGCUGUGAAGAAUGGAACACGCGUGUUCAUCCAGUCCCGCUACAACAAGUCCCUCGUCGCAACCGUCGUUGCCUUCGACAAACACUUUAACCUCGUGUUGCGGGAUGCCGUGGAGUUAACAAUGGUCAACAAUGAGCAGAAAGAGCGCUCCAUUCGGAACAUGUUCUUGCGUGGCGCCUCUGUGGUGUUCAUCGUGAGGUUGCCGCAGAGCACUGUAUAG